AUGUCGCAAAACUUCCAACCCCACCCACGGGCCUUGGCCGACGCCGGGGAGGAGCAGCUGCACCACCGGGGAAAGGCCGUGCUCGGCGAAAGCCUACCACCACCACCACCACCACCACCAUCCGCUGCUGCUGCUGCUGCCGCCGCCGCCGCCGCCACCACGACGCCCACCACGGGAGGCCGGGUAGGACUCUCGCUCAUGGACCUCCCCACCGAGCUGCACAUACUCAUCAGCAAAGAGCUCAUCUACCCGGAUGCGCUCUCGCUCAAGCACACGAGCAGACACUUUUACCACUUGGUCUACACGGGCGUCAAGCUCAAGGUUUCGUGGCUUAUGCAGAGGCGCCGGCUGCACCUUGAAUGCCCAAACGACACGCGCUGUGAUCUGGGGAGUGAUCUGCGAUUUUGCAGGGGUAGUGUGAGGCUUCUCAUGCAACGACGCCGUGAGCACGUCGAGUGCGACAGUCGUCCCGGCCUGGGUUGUCUGGUCUUCGGCACCCCGGUCUGCGCCCACCGCCAGCAGCCACUCCAGCGCAUCCGCAGCUGGCUCAAGUCUCGGCUCACCAUAGAGCUCCAGUGGCUGCUGCUAGCUGCUGUGCUGGUCGUCGUUUGUUGGAUGUGGCUUCCACAACUCUCGGCAUACCUCGCGCCAUCGACAUAG